UGGUGGAAAACUUUACAUGUAGACUAGAAUAUAAGUUAAGACACAGACAAUUCCAAUCAACUCGCGACAAUCCUGAUAAAUGUAUCUAACUCCCGCAGUUUGCACUAAAAUCUAUAGAAAGCUGGUUUUCUUUCUUUAGUCUCCACUCGCCCCGUCUGAAAAUGGAUUCCAGAUAUAUUUUGGAGAAGUCGUCGGUUGGGACAAGGGUCGGUGUCGGAGGAGUGGAUUCCUGCCGGGCAGGCCGCUCCGUGCUCCACGACACCCGGGUCCCCACGGUAGAGAAAAACGGUCCCAUGCCGGUGUACACACACGGGCCCGUCCUUUACAAAUUCGUAGUGGACGUGGGCUCAGCGGCGGAGGUGAACGGCGAAAGAACCUCCUCAAAAGGGAACGGACUGUCUCCGGGUGGUCAAAUAUUGCACAUGGAAAAAACUGGCCGGGGGGACCAAAAAGACACUGGUUCCACUGGGAUCCUGAAGAGGGCCAGUCCCACUCACUGCCCAGUCAUAAAAGGGCAGUUGCAAGGUGGCUUCAUGCAUUUGGACAUCAACAACCCAGGGAAACAGGCAGAGCUGGCCAACAGCUUCAGGGCAGCACAAGUGCAGAACGUACCGCCGACAGAAAGACAGCCCCUCCCCUCUUCCCACAUCCCUGUCCCUAGAAACAGGAAGCCCUCAGGUCAUGCUGAUAAGGAGGUGAUGGCUGCCGCCGUCCUGACCUCACUGUCCACAUCCCCUUUGGUGCUCUACCCUUCCUCUGCAUCCACAGUCCCAGAGCCAGCCAACAGGGCUUGGAAAGAAGUGCUGUCAGCAAGCUACAGCAGUUCCACCAGUGGCAACUGGAGCUGGGAUGCCAGCGACCAAUCGGUGCCCUCCACACCGUCCCCACCUCUGUCCAACGAUACCAACAAGAACUUCCUGCUCUCAUCCCAGGGUGAUGAUGUCAGUGAGGAUGUCACAGAGAGCACGCACUUCAUGUUUGAGGACCCCAUACCUCGCAAACGAAAGAACUCCAUGAAGGUGAUGUUCAAGUGCUUGUGGAAGAACUGUGAAAAGGUCCUCAGCACCUCCUCAGGGAUCCAGCGACACAUCCGCACCGUCCACCUGGGGCGAAACAGCGACUCGGACUACAGUGAUGGAGAGGAGGACUUUUACUACUCAGAGAUUGAGGUCAACAUGGACAGCCUAACAGAGGGGUUGUCCAGCCUCACACCCACCUCCCCCACCACAGCCGGUCCUCCACCCGUCUUCCCGCCACCACUCACUGACGUCCCUCACUCCGAACACAUCAACAUGAACGGCUCACAGAGCCAUGCCCCGACACUGCUCAGUCAAUCAGCUCCCUCCACACUCUGCCACAUCCGCACUGACCACGCCUACCAGGGGCCUGUGACUCACGUCCGAACAGUUAGCAUCGGUGAAAAGCGGCAGCCGGCAGCCAACACACACACCACUGUUAACAAGACCCAUGCUUUAAUAACGCCACCAGCCAAGUCAAUACCAGGAACCAGGAAACCCCGUGGGGAGGCAAAGAAGUGCCGAAAGGUGUACGGCAUGGAGAAGAGAGACAUGUGGUGCACAGCCUGUCGCUGGAAAAAAGCCUGUCAGAGAUUCACCGACUAAUCCAGUCCCCUUCCCACGUCUGUGAGAUGAGCUCUUCCUCACUCAGAGCGACAGCGAUGUGGACUCUUCCACUGAGGGAGACGAGGGGAGAUUUCUUCACAAUGGAGCUCUCAGUGCUGCUUCCUCUGGCCCAGUAGGGGCUUUGCCUUCUCUCUUUUCCGUUUCCAAAAACAAAGAGAAAAUAAAACUGGUGGGUAAAAACAACUAAAAACUAAAUCAGCAAGAAAAAAAAAACUUUAUGCAGGUUUGGAGACUUUUUCUAAGACUGAGACAUUUUCACUCUGUUGAUGAAUAAGGAAAAAAAGAAACAUUUAAAUUGGAUUCUGAACCUUCUGAUUUGAUUUUUGUUUCUCGCCAUUUCUCACGGCCUCAACUCAAGGCAAUGUUGAAAGACUACAGAUAAGCUUUUUGGUAUACUCUGUUUUUCAUUAUAGGAGCAUCAUGUAAGCUACUGUUUACGAGGUGGAUAAUGACUCUUAGGAGGUUCAAGGGUUAACACCAGAUUUGCUCAGUAAGACCUCUGUAGCAUAUCCGUUUUUCAUUGUCACUGUUUAAGGGACUUAAAACCUACCAAAGGCAAAAGACCUGUUCGCUUACAGCUGACAGCUUAGGUGUAAGAUCAAUACCGAAUCUAACAUCACUGUCUUCUGCAGCCUUACUAGGUAUCGACUGUAUGUUUAAACACAUAUUGUUCCAUAUCUAACAACAUGUUCAUCAAUCACAUUCAGUACAGCCAGCGACACUUCUUGUAAUUUUCCAGAAAUGCACAAAACUUUCACACCAAGUGGUACAAAGAGUUUUCCUUGACUUUCCAAAAUAUUUUAGAGGGAUGUACACGAUAUAUGAAAUAUAUUUUCCCUAUAUAUUUCCCUCUCUUCUUUUCUAUACUUGUACCCUAAAGAUAUGCACCUUGAAGAAAAAGGUUGACUUUUAGAGUAUCACUGUAACCACAGCGAAAAACUGAGAGAGUCGAUAACUAUUUCUUAUACAGAGUUUAUUUUCAACAAUGAGUUGCUUAAGCAACUAGCAGUUGCACUGUGCAAUCAGCAGAAUUAGAGCAUUUUAAUAUUGUCUUUUUUGCUUUAUGGUUGUCAUUGUUAUUAGGGCGAUUGAGGCAGAAAGGCUCAUGUUUUCCUUUGACAGCUCAUGUUCUUAAAGAGAUUGUUUACCACAAUGAAUGAUACAUGAAUGAUAACUGCCCUUUGAAACUUUAACUUACGGUCUGACUGAUGUAAAUUAUGUAUGUAGGUAAAUAAUAUAGAGAUCGUAACCCAACAAUCACUACCUGAUAAUAAGUCAGGCAUUCUAAUUCAUUUCUCACAGUCUGAAAUGGACAUCUUAUCCAGUCUUUAAUCUUUGGAAUAAUUAGCAUAAAGCAGCAGUGCAACAAUUUGUAGAUACCAAACCUAACUUGAUAGAAAUUGAGACUUUUCCUUAUGUUUUCACUAGAUGUGUUUAAUCCUUUAAAAUUAUCUUUCACUCUGGUCUGACAUUUGAAAAUGAAAAGUAAGAAUCAAAUUAAGUAAAAGUAGCAAAAGUUUUAAGAUGUUGUACCAAAGUGGAGUCGUACUUUUUAGAAUAAGCCUGUAAUAGUUAAUGAUGGGUCAAGUUUUCCAAGCUUUAGAUGAGAUAUAGGUGGUAGAUUUUUAGAUAGUUAGAAAUUGUAAACUUUUUGAUCUAUCCCUGUCAUAUUUGUUUUUGUCGCAAUCUCCAGCAAUAUUGGCCAUCCUAAGAGAAUAGCACCCUUUAAUGUUAAAAUCCAAUUUGUUACUUGCUUCGUAGCUCUCUAUUAAUUGUCCAAGAUAUAAAACAAAAAGAGGUAGAAAAGAUGCAAAGACGUCAGAAGCAAUCUUACAACUCUGUUUUCUAGAAAUAGUUAUAAGAUAUCCUCUUCUGCGACACAGGAGGGUUUCCACAAAAGAAAAACAGUGAUAUUAGAACAUAAUCUGAUGAUCUCUUAUUGGUGAUAUUAUUAAUGAAAGUAGAAGAUUGAACCACACAUCAGUGGUCAUAAUUAAGAAUGUUUUUAUGUAAUUCCUGCAUUGAAAAAUUUCCACAAGAGUUGAACUUUUUUUUUAUUUUCCCCUCAUUCGUAAUGUACAGUUGGUGUUAACCUGCUCUGAGUCGACUCAGUCACACUUCAGAUUUAAAUAACUGUGAUAAAGACAAUACUGGGCUUUUUAAGAUGAUAAUCUGCUGCCCAUACCCAACCAUAUAGUCAAGUCAAUUAAUUUAUUUAUAUAGCCCAAAAUCACUAAUUUGCCUCAAGGUGCUUCACAGUCUGUACCACUUAAGACAUCCUCUAUCCUUAGACCUACAAUCCACAGAAGGAAAAACACCACAAGAGGAAAAAAGACCCUUUAACAGGUUUUUUUCUGAUCUGCUCACAUAGGCAGUCAUGACAGUAGAUGUAUAUUUUUUGAAGAGAUUCACCUUUGCGCUGUGUGUUAGCAGCUUUUUGAAUGUAGGUUCUGCUGUGUGUUCUCUACUUUUGAAGCGCUCCUGACACUGAGCUUACCUGAUCACCAUAGUAACUUAUCACACACACACACACACACACACACACACAC